CUCUUUUCGAUUCUUUUUCUCUCUCUUACCAACAGCGCUGUAUUGAAGCUAUCACUCUGCUUUCCACAACUCUAUACGAAGGAAUACGUACUGGCAUUGCUGAAAAAAAGGUCAACACAAGCGAGCAAUUUGCCAUGGAUCGCCACUGCACUUUGUUCCCUGGAGCUAGUCUCCAAGGUCACCGUAACGUAGAGACCACAAAUAGUGAUGACGUCGGACACCAACGUUAUCCUGUCCGCAGCUCUUUACCCGCUGAAUCAGAAAAGCUAACUUCUGCAGCACUCCGGUCUCCCGUAAUCGCUCCGAUUGACAAAAGAGUAGGUGGUUUGGCGUACUCUGCCAACGACCGGUUUGGAGAGCUUCCGCAGCCAACUCCUUUAGGCUACGAGCAACGCCCCAUCAACAGAGGAUUAAACCGUUAUUCUGCGUCGUCCUUUGCCUUUGCCGCUCAGCAUGAGCGUCACCGUGCUUCUCGAGGGUUUUAUCAAGAAAGCCAAGGACAGAGCCACGGAGUGUUCAAUUCUCACGAGCCUUGUGACAAUCUCAGACAGAUACAACCGCAGAGAUGUGUGUUAUUCACGCUUCCUCCUCCAGUUGCUGCAGUUUCUAUGACGCAAACAAGGCCGUCCAGUCGCCAAAUCAGUAAUAGCGGCUGCGCCAACAUUCCUUACGUUCAGCAAGCCACCACUGGCGGCGCCAACCCUGUUGUCGGCCCUCAUCGCAGCUGGUCACAGAUCAUUGGUUCUACCCCCACUUCAGCAUCAUCAUUGUCGCCGGCGGCAUCGGUGCUGCUUUCAACGUCAUCUUCUUCUUCCACGUCCUCCUCCAACAAUAGCAACGGCGAUAUGCGCGCAGUGCAGCAGCAGCAGCAGCAGCAGCAACAGCAACAGCAACAUCCAAGUGGCACGAAGCAGGUUGUACAGCCACCAGGAUCGACACACUCUCUUGAAAGAAUCACAGAAGAGGAAGCCAAGCAGGAAGAACACCAGCUGCGGCCCAAAGCCAAUAAUGCUACCAAGCUGCUUUCGGAGUCUCUCUCUUACACAAUGGCGCUUACCAACAAUCCACCUGCACGGGCAAAGAAAUACUUCCCGGUGAUGCUUUCUAAUAUUCCCUGGACUACAUCGAUUAGCGACAUUGAAAAUAUCUUCAAGGAUUCAGACCUCGGUGUCAAAUUACCCAGCAAGCACGAUACCGCACAGUACAUUCACAUCAUGAUUGACAAAGCUAGUGGUAAAACCAUGUCGGAAGCCUACGUCGAAUUCGAAGCCGAGCAGGACGUAAACAAAGUGCUGCAGAAGAUCAAAAACCCUGCCGUAAAAGGCCGAAGAGUGUAUAUCCAGAGAUGUACAGCAGAGAAGUUUUUUCGGGAUGUAUUCCCGAACUGGCGGGGAAUCUUUGUCAAUGGAAGACUAUGUAUCGAUCCGAACGACGGGCAUGCAGUAAUCACGUCAGCUUCAGAAAGUUCUUCAGCAACGGUAGUGCCACCUCCUCUUGUAGAGAGCCACGAAUAUGAAUCGCUGUUGGGCAUAUGUCGAAACUUUAAGCUUCACUUUUCUCGAAAAUGUCCGGAGCGACCUUUCGAAAACUUUAUAUCGAUGAUGGUCAAAUUCCCGUGGGACAAAGCAGAGAUCAUCACUACAAUGCAACGCGACCAUCUUUACGAAUAUUACAAGUUGGCCACAGGUGUACUGCGCGGUCAUUUGGGCAGACCAAACAUUCAAAUCGACAGGACUUUGAUGCCGCGUAUGGUGCGGGCAGCAUUGAUGUGCCCCGGUUUCACGAUUCCCCAGAAAAAAGGAAUCCUUGUAGCAAGUGAAAUUACCUGUCCUAGUGAUCUACUCCACUAUAUCGAAACCCCGGAAGAAGAUGUAGCAUCCUUGGAUGGAUAGCUAAAAAUGCUCCAUUUGUGUCUUUCUAGUUGUGCUACAUUACUUGCCAAUUCACGGCCACCCUCGAAAACUUUGAUGGACAUUCUAAUGUUUGCAUCUAAUAAAAAAAGCAGUGUUGUGU